GUCCUGCGAGGGUCAAAUAUUUUCAUGUCGGAUGAAUAGAAGAAAAGAAAAAACGCGUUUGUUGUUUGAGAACGAGGCGAGCAGAAGUCUGGGCGAAGACGAGCUAGUUAGCUGACUGUCUGCUUGGGAGAUGGAGGAGCAGGAGAGAGCUAUGGAAGAGGAUGCUCUGGACUCAAAGCCUCCACUGACCACUGAAGAGGAUGAGCCCAAACACACUGUCCUCCACGGGUCUCACAUCACUGAAACACAGCAGGAGCCCAGGGAACCUGCACCUGAAGAGAAUGAGACGAAGCCACAGUUCUCCGAGCUGCUUGUUAUCAACAGCCUAGCUCCUCCAGACAGCUGGGAACCAGUCCACACUGAUAUCAAACUUGAGGAACUGACAAAGACAGAAAUGCUGAUACUGUCACAGACAGAGAAUCAGGCAGCGAUACAGACACAGGACCAGACAGAGACAUUAUCACAGACAGAUGAGUUUAUCAUACUUGAUCAGAAUGGACAGCCCCUACAGUGUGAACGCAUGGUGCUAGUGACCAGUCAGUCAGACAACGGAGAGAUGUAUGUUAUCCCCUCUAAUCAGCUAGGAGGGGCUCAGGUGUUACUUCCUAGAGGACACCUACUGGACAUCAUAGACCCUACAGGAUCCUGCGGGGAGAAGACUGCUGAUGAGAAAGAGCUUCACACCAUCACGUUAACAGCUGUUACGGAUGACAGCGGCAGUUUGACUACAGUACCAUCGGCUGUUACGGAUGACAGCGGCAGUUUGACUACAGUACCAUCGGCUGUUACGGAUGACAGCGGCAGUUUGACUACAGUACCAUCGGCUGUUACGGAUGACAGCGGCAGUUUGACUACAGUACCAUCGGCUGUUACGGAUGACAGCGGCAGUUUGACUACAGUACCAUCGGCUGUUACGGAUGACAGAGGCAGUUUGACUACAGUACCAUCGGCUGUUACGGAUGACAGAGGCAGUUUGACUACAGUACCAUCGGCUGUUACGGAUGACAGAGGCAGUUUGACUACAGUACCAUCGGCUGUUACGGAUGACAGCGGCAGUUUGACUAUAGUAACAUCGGCUGUUACGGAUGACAGAGGCAGUUUGACUACAGUACCAUCGGCUGUUACGGAUGACAGCGGCAGUUUGACUACAGUACCAUCGGCUGUUACGGAUGACAGCGGCAGUUUGACUAUAGUAACAUCGGCUGUUACGGAUGACAGCGGCAGUUUGACUACAGUACCAUCGGCUGUUACGGAUGACAGCGGCAGUUUGACUACGGUACCAUCGGCUGCGGCUAAGAGCUCGGCACAGAGCUCUCAGGUCUGUUUCACCUCUCUGAAACCUCUCCCAGCCAACGCCCCCAACUGGGCCCUGAGGCUUCAUAAUGCUGAGAAGAUAGGUGACUCAUACCGUGGCUACUGUAACACCGACACAGAGCUGGAGACCAUCCUCCUGCUCCACAAGCAGCAGACCAACAGUGUGUUUGGGACACGCCAGUCCCCCUCCCCUGCCAAGCCUGCCAGCCGCCUGAUGUGGAAGUCCCAAUACGUACCUUACGAUGGUGUCCCUUUUGUCAAUGCAGGCAGUAGAGCUAUAGUGAUGGAAUGUCAGUAUGGUCCAAGGAGGAAAGGCCUCCAGCCCAAGAAGGCUGCAGAGCAGAACAUCAGUCCGAACAUUGAUUACAAAGCUACAUGCCCUGCCAGGAUCUAUAUCAAGAAGGUGUGUAAGUUUCCUCAGCACCGGGUGCCUACGGAUCCUAACGUAGACAAGAGGGUUGUUCGUCAGGAACAGGAGAAAGCCUUCUUCAACCUCCGGAAGACCCUGUGGGACGUGGGCGGAGUCCUGAGGUACUACCUGCAGCUCCCCACCCAGAAAGCUCACCUCUAUCAUGACAUGGAGGCUCUCCUCCUGCCUCCUCCUCCAGACCUCCUCUUCCUCCCCAUGGAGGAGGAGGUGAAGCAGGAGGAGGAGGAGGAGAGGGGAUGUGUCUGUGAUGAAGGUGCGGAGGAUGGUGGAACCAUGCCAUCUCGUCUCCACCCCAGGGUGGCAGAGAAGAUCAGGGAGUUGGUGGAGCAGGGGUACCAUCAGGUGUACCAGGUCCGCAAACAGCUCAGGCGGUUUGUGGAGCGGGAGAUGUUUAAAUCAGAGGAGGUCCCAGAGAGACAUAACCUCUGCUACUUCCCAACCGUCAACGACAUAAAGAACCACAUCCACGAGGCCCAGAAGACCUUCCAGCAGGCUGGGGGGGGCACCACUGAUAUAACACAGGUAACUAGGAAGACCUUCCUGCAGGCUGGGGGGGCACCACUGAUAUAACACAGGUAACUAGGA